AUGGAAGACGCAGUAGUUGGAACACCAAUCGACAGGGUGCCGCUCUAUCCUGGCCUGCUCUCGGGUUGGAAUGGACCAGAAGAUACGGAAAAUCCACAGAACUGGUCCGUUCACCGUCGAUGCUUAAUUACGGCGUCUUUGUGCUCUCUUAAUGUCUGCUAUACGCUAUCUAGCACAACGUUCUCGACACUGAAUACGCCUGUUGCAGAGCAGUAUGGUGUCUCAACCACAGCAGCAUCUCUUGCGACAAGUUUGUUUGCCCUAGGCGCAGGCGGUGGUUCGCUACUGUGGGGCCCCUUGUCUGAACGAUUCGGACGCCGUCUGCCUAUCUUUGUCGGCUUUUCGACGUUUCUUCUUUUUCAUGUAUCCAGCGCAAUCUCCACAAACUUUGCGACUCUCCUUGUCUCUCGUUUUCUACGCGGGGUUUUGGGAACGGCCCCAGUUAUCGUCGCGGGCGGCAUAUUGACGGACAUUUGGGACCCAGAGAGAAGAGCAGCCGCCGUUAUGACGUUCACGAUGGCGACGUUUAUGGGGCUGGUCCACGGGCCAAUACUUGGAGCAUCAGUUGUCGCUGCUCAUAUCACGUGGCGCUGGGUGGUUUGGAUCACCAUGAUUGUCUCCGGAAUUUGUUUAUGUCUCGCUUUGACCGUUCUUCGUGAGACGUAUCAACCUACGAUAUUGCAAAAGCGAGCGCGUCGCAUACGUUUUAGAGAUCGGGACUGGGCUGUUCACGCUAUACUCGAUGAACAACAGCUUUCCCUCAAGGAGGUUUACCGAAACUAUCUGGUCCGGCCUCUCGGUUUGCUGAUGAGAGAAACCAUCCUUCUCCUGGUUUCCAUUUACCUUGCGUUUGUGUAUAGCUUGCUUUACGUGUUUUUUGAGGCAUACCCAUAUUCAUUUUCUCACGUUCGAAAGUGGCAAAACAUGGCUCUAGCCGCCCUUCCACUUCUCAGCAUUGCUCUGGGUGUCUGUAUCGGUGGUUCCCUCGUAGCAUGGGACACAUGCAAACGUUAUAAUCGUUACGUCAAACAGUACUCUGAGCAAAGGCGUGUUUCGCAUCCAAAUUCUCUGCUACAUAAUGAGCUGGCGGAGGAACGACUUCCGCCAAUUAUUGUUGGAGGUAUCAUUCUUUCAGUCGGCUUAUUCUGGUUUGCAGCGACGUCGAAUGCCAGUGUCCUGUGGUUACCGCAGGCCACAGCUGGCAUAUUCCUGGGAUGUGGUAUUUUCAUGAUCUUCCUUCCCGGUCUAAACUACAUUAUUGACGUAUAUGUGAACUGUGUCAAUAGUGCCGUGGCUGCCAAUUUUUCUUUCAGAUGUCUUGCUGCGGCGGUCGCUCCUCUAGUAAGCCCACCAAUGUUCCGUACUAUGGGUGUCCCUUGGGCAAUGGCUACCAUGGGAUUUUUGAGCAUUGUACUGGUCCCCGUGCCGAUCUACUUCUAUCGGUGGGGGAAAAAGUUGCGUACAGUGAACCUGACGCCGCCUUCAUACAGAGUCCACCCUGCAUUGCGCACAAAUAUUUCACUGCCAUCGGUACCACUUGAGUUGAACAAUGUUGAAAUAGAAAUACCUCCACCGGUCUGGUCAAGCAUUGGAAAGUGA